CGUUAGUGCACCUUAGUCUCUCUGCAACUUUUACUUUUCAUACAUCUACGUCGUAGAAAAUUGUAGUUUAGUGUUUAAUGCAGGAAUAAUAUUCGGUAAUGAUGAAAGAAGUGCAAUGUUUGGUUAUUUUUGUGUUUUUUGUGCCAAUUAUUGUUAGCGGGGAUAAUUUACACUCUAAUUCCCAAUUAAGAAAACGUCUAACCGGGAACUACGAUAUAAAUCAGUACGCUAACGAGGAUAGUUCGGGCAAGGAGUCCGAUGCUAAUCAGAACUAUUCGAAUGAGAUCGAACCGAUCGCCGACGAGCAUACGGCCCUCUUCGAGACGAUACCCGGCGAGCCGAAACGCGAUUAUCCCACCUACAAGACCAUCCCGAAGACCGGCUUUUCCUGCCAGGGUCGGGUUAAUUGGGGUUACUAUGCCGACGUCGAAACGGAAUGUCAGGUUUUCCAUGUUUGUGAAUCAGAAUAUUCAAAGAUAUCCUUCCUUUGUCCAGUUGGUAGCGCUUUUAAUCAGAAGCACUUAGUAUGCGACUGGUGGUACAACUUCGAUUGCCACGACGAGAUCAGCCUGACGUCGCUCUACGAUGAUUAUGACCUGGGCAGAGAGGAAGCGGAUGGUCCGCAGGACGCUGAUCGUGAUAAUCGAUCCUCGCGCGGCGAAAAGACGCUCGCAAAGCGCCGGGGCGGCGACUAUCGCACCGAAGACGAGGAGUACGAUAACGCAAACGAUAAUGACGGCCUCUACGAUUUAAAUCUGGUAUCGUCUGGUGGCAACGUAUAAAAUUCAAACGAAACUAAACACGUUAUUAGAUUUUGCUAAUUUGUAAUUUAUUGUUUCGGAUGUUUUAUUUGUCGGAUUAAAAUUGAGUCUGUAAAAGACAGAAUAAUGGCCACGCAUUAAUAAUUCACGCCCCAGCAUGAAGUUGGUUCAUCCAAAAGAAGACCAAAGGGAAUUCGCAAUAAAAGCCUCAUUUGUUAGCUACCUUUAAGUUUUCUAUCCAUUUCCUUGCUUCUUUUUUUUUCAUGCGCUUUAUCUAUCUUGUUUUUUCCUUGGCUCUUUGCGUU